UUCAUUUCCUUUUUCGUCGUCCGUGUCCUUGUUCGGGUUUCUUUUGUUCUCCUUUGCCCGUUUCUCAUCCCGUUCUCUUCGGCGAUCUGCACCAACCAUGCCGACCGUCCGGCUCGUCCUCUAGGCUAUCCACACCUGGCACCCUCGGGAGUCUCCUGCGUCAGAUCCUAG